UCCUCCGGUGGUGGUGCCGGGUUGCAACGCCGGUCGUGGAGGUUUUGCUGCCCGAAGCCGGGAGCGCGGAGUCGUUCCCGGGAGCGCCGGCCAGGCUAUGGUCGCGGGUCCCCGGCGGCCCGCUCCGGCCAACCAGAGUCCCUGUCUCAGCUUGUGCCCGUGCCCGAGCGGUCUCCUCAGCCCGGCCCCACGGCGCAGUUGGCGGCGGCGCCCGCAGUGCGCCCCCUCCUCCGAUGGCGGCAGAGAUCCAGCCCAAGCCGCUGACCCGCAAGCCGAUCCUGCUGCAGCGGGUCGAGGGGUCUCAGGAGGUGGUGAAUAUGGCCGUGAUCGUGCCCAAGGAGGAGGGCGUCAUCAGUGUCUCGGAGGACAGGACUGUUCGUGUGUGGUUAAAGAGAGACAGUGGACAAUAUUGGCCAAGCAUAUACCAUGUGAUGCCUUCUCCAUGUUCAUGCAUGUCUUUUAACCCGGAAACAAGAAGACUGUCCAUAGGUCUAGACAAUGGUACAAUCUCAGAGUUUCUUUUAUCAGAAGAUUAUAACAAGAUGACUCCUGUGAAAAACUAUCAAGCGCAUCAGAGCAGAGUGACGAUGAUCCUGUUUGUCCUGGAGCUGGAGUGGGUGCUGAGCACGGGACAGGACAAGCAAUUUGCCUGGCACUGCUCUGAGAGUGGGCAACGCCUGGGAGGUUAUCGCACCAGUGCUGUGGCCUCAGGCCUGCAAUUUGAUGUUGAAACUCGGCAUGUGUUUAUUGGUGACCACUCAGGCCAAGUAACCAUCCUCAAACUGGAGCAAGAAAACUGCACCCUGGUCACAGCAUUCAGAGGACAUACAGGUGGGGUGACUGCUCUCUGUUGGGACCCCGUCCAGCGGAUGUUGUUCUCGGGGAGCUCCGACCACUCUGUCAUCAUGUGGGACAUUGGUGGGAGAAAAGGAACAGCCAUCGAGCUCCAAGGACAUAAUGACAGAGUCCAGGCCCUGUCCUAUGCACAGCACACGCGGCAGCUCAUCUCCUGUGGUGGUGACGGUGGCAUUGUCGUCUGGAACAUGGACGUGGAGAGGCAGGAGACCCCUGAAUGGCUGGACAGUGAUUCCUGCCAAAAGUGCGAUCAGCCUUUCUUCUGGAACUUCAAGCAAAUGUGGGACAGCAAGAAAAUUGGCCUGAGACAGCACCACUGCCGGAAGUGUGGGAAGGCCGUCUGCGGCAAGUGCAGCUCCAAGCGCUCCUCCAUCCCUCUGAUGGGCUUCGAGUUUGAAGUGAGGGUGUGUGACAGCUGCCACGAGGCCAUCACCGAUGAGGAACGUGCACCCACGGCGACCUUCCAUGACAGUAAACAUAACAUCGUGCAUGUGCAUUUUGAUGCCACCAGAGGAUGGUUACUGACUUCGGGAACUGACAAGGUUAUUAAGUUGUGGGAUAUGACCCCGGUUGUGUCUUGAUGCCUCUUCCAGGCACCAGAUAGUAUUUACUCAAGAAACGGUUGUUCUAACCUAAAUCAUGACUGGAGCUGUAAAGCAGAUGCGUGAGUGGUGGGAGAGAAGCUGAAGAGCUGAGCUGAGCUUGCAUGUGACCCGCACACACGGCGGUGAGCAGUCGGUGAGCUCUUGCGAGGGAACUCUUGCAACUUGUUCAUACGAUAUAAAAGAGGCUAUUUUUUUAACAAGUGGUUUAUACAGUCUGGCUGUGCUACCUUGUUUUGAGUAUACUACAGACUCAGUGUGGGGUGUUUUCAGUUUUAUAUUUCUCACCACUUCGUUUUAGUUGUUGCUUUGUGUGUCGGAGAAAUGAGGCGUGUAUAACUGUUCAGGGUAUUUUCGGUAGUUACAAAGUAGUUUCCGUGUUUCCUUCACUUGGACACCUAUCUCGUGGUCGGCAUCUUUUUCUUCUACGUGUAUCCACCCUCAGCUUCAUCUGCUGUUCCCCAGAGUGUACGUAUUCACGGUUUAUUUGCAGUGUUUCUGCUUUCGUAGAAAUUCCCUCCCAUUGAGAGACCUGGAAAACCAUUCGUGUGGAUUUCCAAGCUGACUCUUGAAUCACCUGAAGAGUGAUCUGUUUGUGAUAUCUAGGUCAUACAUGUUCUCAUGGAGUGGAAAUGACCUUGUGUUUCUGCCUCAGUUUUUCUCUGUCUUUCCCACAUUAAAAACAAAUGUGAGAAAGCCACUCCCAGCCACAAAGUAGAUUAUCAUAACUCAGACCUUCAACCCUCAGUGCCUGGAUCAUUUCUAAUUCAGCUGGAACUUUCUGAGCCUUUUAGGUUUUAGUUUUAUUGACACAGCUCUCCGUCGCUCUUCAUAUUAAAAACAAAACAACAAAACCCCGUGUCCUUCAAGAAUAGUGUCUUUAAAAUGCGUUGUUCUAUGUGAUGUCACCUCUGAACCUGAACAUGUUCCUUGCUGCGAGGUUGUAUCCUGCUUUAUUCCUCACCGUCUGUAUUUUCUUCUUUCAAAACGAGAUAUUUAAAGAUUUUUAUCUUCAUGUAUUUUAUCAGAACACUUUGCACACUUUCAUACUAAAAUUGUGUGACCUGAGACAUAAAAGGUACUGAAUCCUACAGUUCAUGCUGUGCUCCAGUUGGGAAUGUAAAAAAAAAAAAAAAAAAGAGAGGGGCAGGGGGAGGCUUUAGGAAAUGAAUCUAAUUUUAAGGGAAUCCAGUCAAACUUGAUAAAUUGAGAUAUUCUUGUGUGUAGUGACUCAACUUGGGAUAUUGAAGUUCUUCUUUAAAGUCUUAUUUUCGUUUGUAAAACUAGACUUGAAAUUAGCAGCAGCCAUGAGCUGUGUGCUCGCCCCGUUCGAAGCACUUUACACAAGUGCCCCCUCGUUCAGUCCUCACCUGUCAGGAGCGCUGGGGGAUCCCCGGGUCCUUGGGGUUCAUCAGGUUAAACAAAGCCUCGCAGUUCAACAGGCCGAUUACUUGCCCUUCCCUGUCCGAGCCCUAACUCCACAGGAUCUUGUUCUCUUUUGAUCUGACAAUUUGCGGGGUGGUCGUUGAAGUCCUCCCUAUUUUUUUUUCCUCUUUUCCUGAAAGUAAUUUUUCCCCCUCGUGAUCAUUAAUUUUCUUUCUAACUGGGAGAAGGCCUCCCAGCCGUACUUGGAUUAUCCCUCCCCCAACACUGACCAAGCGUGCUUCCGGGGGACGGGCUUCCUCGAGAUGAUUCUGCUGCUGCAGCUUUGGGAAGCAGGACAGUGGGUGUGCCCCAUGCAGCCAUGGUACGUGACAGCCAUGAGCUGGGACAUCAGGGCAGACGGGCCCAUGUGACCGUACUGUAAGGUUGUGUACACACACACACACACACACACAGAGCAAUUACCACUUAUCACUUACCUGCCGCUUCCGCACAAUCCUCGCUUGCCCUCAGUCAAAGCCGUUAUAACUAACCUGAGUCUCUUCUGCAUGACUGCUCUGUGAGAGCUUUAAAAAGGGAAUUUAAAAUAAUUAUCUAUUCUGUAGUUUACUCCUAGAACCUGGAGCCACUGAACUAAGUUGUACGUAAUAAAGGACUGUGUGUUGGAAAUGAGUUGUAGGGAAGAAUCGCUGUGUUUUCCCUUCCUGAACUCUGGAGCCCGGCCUGUGUAUAGAGGCAGGCACGGCGGCAGGGAGACGGUGGAUCGGGCGUGCAGCACACCCGACGUGGAUCUGAGGUGGGUCUCGAUGAGCUCAGACCCCACUGGGAAAGCUGAUUGUUUCCUUUGGACCACGUGUGACACCGUGGUCCCUCUGGUCUGGGACCCUGCACUUCAGUCCAGCCAUCUCCCUCCCUCCCAGCCUGUCUGUACCCCAGCCCACAGGGCCACUCAGAGGUUGAAACCACUGGACACCUCGUUGGUGACGAGAGUUGCGGUCAGUAACCACAGAUAUGUCAAGGUAUCCGUUGCCCUGCCUUUUCCUUUCUCCUCAUCUGUGUAGGUGCUUGAACUUGGUGAGAAGUGCUUAGCACGCCAACUGUGUGUGUUUAUAAUACUGUGAAUUCUUGAGUAUUAUCUCCACCAUUUUUGUAACUUGUAGAUAUGUGUUGGUGUCGGGGUGCCUUCCAAGCAUUUUUAUGGAAUAGAGGCUUCAUUCAUUAGGAGUGGAAGCUGGUGCCAGCACUUGGCUUUUCUCCUGUCUGGGUUAACUCUCAUAGUUCUUGUUUUACCCCACUGGAAUUGCACUUUAUAUAUAUUUUUUGCUCUGUUACUUCAACAUACAGAAGCUCUGGCAAGUAAUGCCUAACAGGAUUAUGCUGGGAAAGUGGCAAACCCGCACAUACCAUGCACGUGGCUGUCCUUUAUUGGGUAGGAUAGAACCAAUCACAUGCUCUCAGUUUCUCCAAAGAAAUGAUGUUACUGGAACCUUUAACUGCCUGGGUUGUCUCCACAGUAGCACAAGUGGUUUUAGAUUAAGUACUUGGAGUCAUGUGUCUUUUUAUCUGAGGUCAAUCAACCAUGAUGUAUUUCUUAUUGGAUUGUUUGAAUUCAAAGAAUCAUAAAAUCACAAAACUGGAAGGGAUCUUCAGACAUCUAGAAUGUUCCAAGCACAAAACACUAUAGUCACACCAGGCAGUUAGAGAUCGCUGAGGUAUCAACAAGGGAAACCCGAAAGAACAAUUUUCGAGGAACAGUUGUUUUAGAACAUUAACUGGUAAUGGCGUGGGCGGGGAGCAAUGACUUCCAGCCUCGAGGCAGGGAGCUCUCGGGAACCGGGUCUGUUCCUCUCAUUGUAGGCACAGCCUUUGGCCCCAGUCCCGUGGUUCCAAGCGGAUGGGUAUGUGCAGUGAGGUGGUUCCUGCAGGUCUCCAUCAGCAUAAACUCCUUCCUACACUCUUCCCCACAGACCACCCCAGCUGCAAAGUUUAAGUGGAAAUCCAGGGGCACUGAAAGCGCACCUCACCCUCUGUGUGUGGGCUGGCCCUGAGCCAGUCUCUUCACUGACCUUCUUAUGGAACAUUGCCUUUCUUUUCCUGUUUUAAGAUUCAUUUUUUCAAAAGCAGAAUUUAUUUUUUUCUUAACAUUAAUCAGUUUUUAACGCCUGAAUUUUGCCUUUUAAGCAAGGGACUAGAUCUAAACUAUGUUAUCAAAGUUACUGAACAUAACUAUCCAUUAAAUGACAUUCCUUUGGUUUGGGCUUUUCAUAGUAGUUUAAUUGUAUGUAAGUGACCUUGUCCACUAAGAUUUGUUUUAAAGUGAAGGAAAGCAUUUUGCCAAAAACAUUCUUUUUUUCCUCUCCUUUAAAACAAAGUUAAGUUAUGUUUUACUGGAUGUGCAAGUGCCUAUCUAGCUACAUGAUUGGGAAACAGAGAUUAAAUCCAUCUUGAGCACUGAGGGAUCUGGAUGACCCUCGAGACUCCAAUUCUCGCCCAGUCCAACCCUUUGUUGAGUGUCCACCACACUCCAGGCUUUGAACCAGGCCCGGGGUCAUGAGGUCCAUUCUGUGGCCUAGAUGGAUCAUUUCAGUGCCAGGUGGUAAAUCCAGUGACAGAGGGCUGUGGGGUCCUGUCCCAGGAGCUGCGCAGGUGCUCCUACCUGCAUGGGUGGAGCCAGGGGACCUUGCAGAGGAAAGGGCUUCUGAGCUGAGAGUUAAAGGAUGAGUUGUUGUGAGCCCAGGCUGUGGGAGCAGCAUAAACAAAGGCCCAGGACCUGCAUCAGCCUGGUGCUUGGGGCCCACAGGAGGUUUGGAGCUGCCAGAGAACAUCAGGUGCACAGCUGCAGUCCUGGAGCCUGAGCUCUCGUCACCGUGAGACGCAGAUGCUCGUGGCCACAGAGAGGGGCAGCACGCGGUUCGCCAUGCGCCUCUACCCAGAGAGUCAAGUUUCCCUGCAGCUGAAGCUGGUAUCAAAGUUUCUUUUUCUUUGCAAAUACCUGGAGUUAUUAUCCUAAAAUGACCCCUGGUAACUAAUUUUUGAACUUUGUUGGGGGCACAGCCCCUCACUGGAGGCUGUGAGGUGGGGCUGGAGACCACUGCUUGCACAGACUUGGCCUGGACGAGCUUACGGCAUACUGAUUCUGCUAUAACCCAGGGGCCCAGGCUCAGGACCUCCCCUUUGAAAAAGGACAGGCCUUGACCUGUGGAGGAGGUUGUUCUGGACAGCAGUGGCCCUGCACCCACACGGCCUUCCCGUGAGCAAGCAGGCCACUGCUGCCCUCAUCUCCCUCUGGCCUUGAAUCGUUCUUGCAAGUAAUGGUCAUUUCAGUACAAUGUGGUAAAUGUGGUAAAUCCUCAUCGCAGUGGCCCUCGCCGAGCGGAAGGCAAUGUUUUUCUCAAUUCGGCAACAGUAAAAGGGCUCAGGCAGCCACCGCCCUGGAGACCCGACUCUACCGAGCAGGGGCAUCCCGGCGUCCCCACAGGGGCACCCCCACCGCGGGCCUUGGUACUUCCUAGUACUGAUACCUGUAUUCCAUCCACUUGCCUUUAUCCUUCAGUGCCCAAGUAUCAUAUGUCCGUAACUUAAUUCAGGAACAUCCAUGUUUUUAGUUUGUAAUUUUGCCUUUAAACAUUAUCCUUUCCACCAAGAAGCCUGUUUAGGCCAAACACAAGAAAGCAGGGUGUAAAAUUAGAUCUGUCCAACACUGGAAUGGGAUUCCUCUUCUGUGUUUCUUUUGCCAGGGAAUUUUUGAACAGACAGUACGUAGCCCCUUGUCUAUUUAUAGUGGAAUAGAUGUGGAAAGGAGAUUAAAAGCCUUGAGUAGAAGUUGAAUUCAAUGAUUGUUCUUAAGAUCCCUUCCAAUUCGUGAUCCUAUGAUUCCAUGACUAUUAUUACUAGACUGACCUAACCAUUACCAGUGACCCGCCUGCACGUGGCUGACUUCACUCAGGUAAAUGGGAGCAUAUCCCACUGCCUUUGUCUCGUGUCACAUCAAGUAAACUGCUUCCUGUAUUUUCCCAUCUAGAGCCCAGGUUUGAAAAAGAUGGUGAAGGUGCAAGUCAAUCAUAUAGUACCAUCUCAUUAAAAACAAAUACCUCAAAAUGUUCACCUUCGUGAGUGUACAAAAGUGUAUCUGAUUUUCUUGGGAGAGAAAGGGAAUUGCAGGUCGGCUUAAAGGUUAGAUUUAGAAUGUGACUUUGAUAUUUAGGAUCCUUUCUCCUUUUUAUCCCCCUUGGUUCUCUGGGAAGCAUGAGAGGGUAAACUGUAACACAAAAAGGAGAAAUGGUUUGAAAAAAGUAUUUCACUUAUACACACUUUUUCUUUCAUUUAAAUGGAUGGCUGCCUUAUGUUAGUAGCAUAUGAAGUAUGGACCAAAAUACUUGUGUCGCUGGUAACCACUGUAUACUUACAUAUUUGUGUUUUAUGCCAUCUGCUUUUUUUUUUUCCAAAUGUACUGUCAUUUUGCAGAAGAAAAUCUUUAUAUGAAAAGUCCAAAAACUGUUACUAACUGGACAUCCGGGAAGGUGCUAGCCCCACACUCGUGCCUGCCUGCCACUGUUCCCACAACAGGGGACACGGACACUUCCACCCUGCACGCCCGCCCGUCUACAGCCACGUCAGAACCUGGCUGCAGCGGGCAUGUUGCUUUAUGGAUGUCUUUUUCUUUCUUUUUGAAAUGAGAUUCUCCAAGGGGUCAGGCUGAAAAUGUAAUAAGCCCAAAGCUGGAAGAGAUUUCUCAAAUGUGGUUCUAGCCGAACCCUGCUGGCAUUGCCACGCCCUCUGCCACUAGAUUCCCCCAACCAGACCAAGCAGUCUUGACAUUGACUUCCUGAAUGUGAUUAGGUGGGAAUGAGCAGGGAUUUCCCACGGUGUUAAAUGUCUGUGUCCAGUUCUCCAUUCAAAUGCUGCUGAAUGUCGUGAACGUUUCUGAACUCUGCUCACUUUCCCACUGUGCUUCCCGCUAACCGAAAUGAAUGUGUAGCCAUGACCAAUGUCAAAGACUCAGUGCAAGCUACCGCCACGGUUUAAAAUAAAUCUCUGUGGAAACCUU